GAUUAUUGGAAAUAGCACAAUUUCUCAGAUAUUUUAGGUACUUUACUGUUAUUAUCACUUUGAUUAGAUAAAACAUUCAGGAGUCAAUACGAAGUAAGUAUUAUAGUUCUAUCGGUGAAUACGUCAACACGUUCGAUAUUUUUGUGCAACAAAGAAUGAAUGUGGCCGACGAGAAUACACCAUCUACGACGGGAGAAAUGGCGGAUAACUCUGAAUCUGGAUAUGUAAAUAGAAAAAAAUAUCGCAAGAAGAAAGGAAGAGCGGUGAGCGUAAAUGUAGGCGCAGAACAACUUAACGAAUCCGAUGUUUUUGAAGCAGGACCUUCAACGAUAGAUUUCCAUAAAAGAUUAAUAGAUGAAAGUGCGAGUAAAAUUUUUACAGACAUCAAUGUGGUACAAGGCGAAGAAGUUAACAAUGAAAAUGGUAUUGUAGCCAAAGAACUCGACAAUAUUGCAAAUGAACUUUCAACAGUGAGUUUGGAUAGUCAAUUGAAAUCCCUUCCUGAAAUAAAUGAACCACCUAUGUACUGUGCCCAAGAGCAGUCAGAAACGAAAAAUGAAUAUGAACUAGUCCGACAGGAAGCAGGUACUGUUACAUCCCAAAAGUAUAACAUUAAGGCGUUGAAGAAAGGCUCUACAACGUAUGAAUUGGAAAAUUUUGAGAAGAAUGCAAUGCUUAUUUUCAACCAUGAAAAUAUACUGGGCUAUACUAGAAAAAGAUUAGGUACAGAUCAAGAUGUGAAAGCACUCAAAGAGACAUUUUCCAAGUUUAAUUUUGAAGUGACUUUGGAAAACGAUCUCAAUAAGGAUGAGAUCAUGGCCGCUUUGGAAAAAUUUAGCAGCCAAGACUUCACGGAUUAUGGAUGCGUGGCCGUGGUUGUGUUGACCCAUGGCCUGAAGAACGGCCUGAUCAGAGCGAAGGACGACGCUUACAGCGAGCUUGAAAUCAUCAACCAUUUCAAAGUAGAUAAGAGACCUACUUUGAUUACUAAGCCGAAACUUGUCAUUAUUCAGGCUUGCAGAGGUAGUGAAUCUAUAAAAGGAGUUCCAGUUGGUACAGAAGUGCAAGCAAAGAUUCGUAAGGAUUUCGAUGAAAAGGUUGAGCCUUACACUCUGCCAGUGGAAGCUGAUAUGCUCAUAGUGCAUAGUUCGUUCAUAGGAAAGCCUGCACACAGACAUGAAUCGCAAGGAUCUUGGUUCAUCCAGUCACUUUGCAAACAAGUCAAUAAAUUGGCUCCGACACUUGACUUCGAAUCUAUUUUAAUUGAAAUGAAACGUGACGUCGCCGUUGACUACCACCACAAAGAGUACAACAAAAGGGAUUUGGAAUUCCAAACAAAUAAACAAAUGCCUGUGACCACAUCGACUCUCAUCAGGAAGCUGUAUCUGAAAAGAUUUGCCGACGCGCCUUCUGCAUUGGCUACAACUCCAGUGCCUCAGUCUCAAUCUCAAGUGGAGAUGGUUUCCGAUAAAAGUGUGCUUGACAAUAAUAAUUCGCAGCCGAGCACGCCCCUGGUUUUAAACCGACCCUGCUUUUGUUUCCUAGAGCAUUACGAAUAUAUAAAGCAAUGUCUUAGUAUAUACGUGAAAGAACAACCUAAUGACAGCACCGCCGACGCGUUAUACGGCAUAGCUUGUUCAUAUCCGGAUGGCGAACAAUUCAACAAUCCGAAGGAGAAAUUGCUUAUAGCGGUCUCAACCCAUUUUGACAAUACUAAAAUCACUACAGACUUGAAAUACUUACAUCGCUAUAAAGCUAAAAGGAAAUAAGCGAUCCUCACUAAUUAUUAUUAGUACCUACCAGUGCAUCACGAAUUUCUUGAAGUGUUAAUUUUUGAACUGCCGAAAUAAACUUUAUUUAGUCAACCAUAACAUCUAAGUUCCUGAACAAAUUAAAAAAAGGUAUAUAGGGUAUCAUUAGAAUCCUUAUCAUUACGUGUGAAACUGGCUAUAAAUCUUUAAAAAAAAGAAGAUGGUGGAUUAAGACAUUUGCUGUUUAUGACCCAUAAUCGGCCCAACGCGGUGCUAAAAGAAUGUGCGUACAGGAAAAACGGGUCUCUCUCGUUAGUGUGGAGCAUGUAUUUUCGGUAUUUUUACUAGAAUCACAGACAAAUAUAGUUUUUAUUUUGUGACUGAUAGUCCUACUAAUAUUAUUUAUAGUAAAUGUUUGUAUGUUUGUUCUUAAUCACGCAGUAACUUCUGAACUGAUGAUUUGGAUGAAAUUUGGUACGCAUAUAGUUAAAGAACUGAAUUGAGACAUAGGAUACUUUUUAUCCCGGAAAAAUUACACCAGUCACCACGAUUUUUGUGUCUGAGUUCUUUGUACCAGAUUUUGAUUUCUUAUACCUAAUUCAUGUAAGAAACUAUAUUUUUAUUUAAAAAAGUUUGC